AACUAACUUCUGAAGGUUAACGAAUGUCAUGGAUAAUUUAAACAGACACUUUCACUAGAGCUAGAAACACAACUCUAAAUUUUACGUGCCUCUCAUACUUACCAAAUUAUAUCUAAAAUGUAUCACAAAUCAGUAACAGAAUUAUCCUCUCUAACCGCAGAAGCAUUUAAAACAUUCCUGGACUCAUUUGAUACUGUGCUAACUGACUGUGAUGGAGUCCUAUGGCUCGAGAUGAAAGCAUUGGAGGGCUCUCCUGAUGUAAUAAACACUCUGCAAGAUUUAGGCAAGAAGAUUUUCUAUGUUACCAAUAACUCUACCAAGUUGAGAGAAGACUUUGAGAAGAAGGGCAAACUGCUAGGCUUUAAAUGUCAAUUGGAUCAAAUGGUUUCUACCUCAUACAUUGCUGCAGAGUAUUUAAAAGCCAAAGGAGUACAAAAAGCUUAUGUGAUUGGAUCUACAGGGAUUAGUCAAGAGUUGGACAAGGUUGGAAUAGAAAACUUUGGAAUUGGUCCAGAUAUACUUAAUAGUGAAUUAGGGAAACUUGUAGAGAAUUAUCAGCCUGAAUCUAAUGUGAAAGCUGUUGUGGUGGGUUUUGAUCCACACAUUUCCUAUGUAAAACUAAUGAAAGCAUCAAGUUACUUAGGGGAUCCGGAAUGUCAUUUUAUAGCAACUAAUACAGACGAAAGUUUUCCGGCGUCUCAGAAUCUGAUUAUCCCUGGCACUGGAACUUUUGUCUCUGCUGUGGCUACUUGCAGUGGGCGGGAUCCUACUGUUAUGGGUAAACCACAUCAUUUUAUUGUUGAUGCAAUCAGCAAGAAUUACAAGAUUAAUCCUGCGCGUACUCUUAUGAUUGGAGAUAGAUGUAACACUGAUAUAAUGCUGGGCAGUAACUGUGGUUUCCAAACUCUACUAGUACUCACCGGCGUACAUCAGCUAAAAGACGUGAAAAACUUCACCGAGACGAAGCAAGAAGGACUUGUGCCUGACUUCUACCUGCCCAAGUUGGGUGAUAUGCUGCCUCUAAUCCAACAAGUGAUAAAUUAAACUUAAAAGAGCACUAGUACACGAAUGGUAUCAGUGCCUUUCUGUUUUUCGGGAAAUUCGGGAAGGUGUUUUGAUACCACCAAUGAUUCAACAUGAUGACUUCUAUCUGUAUAAAUAUAUCAAUGAAUAUUUGUGAAUUAUUGAUCAAAAAUGAUAAUAUAUUACCUGAUUUGUGAAAA